GGCAUCGGGAGCCGGCCGCCCGGCUCGACCGCACCACUGAAACGCCACAGCGCGGCGCCGCGGUCCCGGGAAGCGGGCCCGUGGUCCUCCCGGCACCCCCGCUCGGGAAGGCCGCCCGCCGUGCCCUCCGCUGGGUCGGGGUGUGGCGGCGAGCGGCCGCCAAGGCCGGACCCAUCCCAGGCUCGCUCGGGGUAUUAGGCGCCGCGGGGCCAGAACUCCCUCGGCGGGCCCCGCCCCACGCGCGCAGAGAAGGCGGAGCCUCGGGAAUCAGCGGCGCUCGCUGCGCCCAAAUAUAAGCGUAUUUCUCAGCCUCCGGCUCCGCCUGGGGCGAUGUGCGCGCGUGGCUGGGUCAGGCUCCCCCCGAAGACGUAUUAGCCCGUCUCCCAUUCUUCCCGCGCUGGAGACCGCGAGCUCCCAUUCCUCUCCCUCUAUCAUCUUAUUUUUAAUUAUAAGUCAUGGGAGAUGAAGAUAAAGCAAUUGAACGUGAAGAUUUCAGAUCAUCCACAGGAAUGGACCACACAGCUUCUACAUAUCAAGAAACACAGGAGGAAACAGUUAUGAACUCCAAAGGAUCGGAUUCAAAAGAACCAACAGAAGGAAGUAACUUGCUGAAUAGCAGUGAAAAAAAGCUACAAGAAAUACCAACUGAAUCAAAUAACUUGCAAAGAAUAAGACAAGCAUUUGCUUGCCCUCCACAUGGCUUGCUGGCUAAAGGAGUAACAAAUGUUACCAUGGUUGUUCUUCUCUGGGCUGUAGUUUGGUCAAUUACUGGCAGUGAAUGUCUUCCUGGAGGAAACCUAUUUGGGAUUAUAAUCCUAUUCUACUGUGCCAUUUUUGGAGGUAAACUUUUGGGACUCAUUAAGUUACCUACAUUACCUCCACUGCCUCCUCUUCUAGGCAUGCUUCUUGCCGGGUUUCUUAUCAGAAAUAUUCCUGUCAUCAGUGAUAAUGUACAGAUCAAGCAUAAGUGGUCUUCUGCUUUAAGAAGCAUAGCCCUGUCUAUCAUACUGGUUCGUGCUGGCCUUGGGCUUGAUUCGAAGGCCCUCAAGAAGCUGAAGGGUGUUUGUAUAAGACUCUCCAUGGGUCCUUGUCUUGUGGAAGCGUGCACAUCUGCUCUUCUGGCUCACUUCCUAAUGGGCUUACCGUGGCAAUGGGGAUUUAUCCUGGGUUUUGUUUUAGGUGCUGUAUCUCCAGCUGUCGUAGUGCCUUCAAUGCUCCUUUUGCAGGAAGGAGGCUAUGGGGUUGAAAAAGGCGUCCCAACCUUGCUCAUGGCUGCUGGCAGCUUCGAUGAUAUUCUGGCUAUCACUGGCUUCAACACAUGCUUGGGCAUGGCUUUUUCCAAAGGGUCCACAAUGUUUAAUGUUCUCAGAGGAAUUUUAGAGGUGGUAAUUGGUGUGGCAACUGGAGCUCUUCUUGGAUUUUUUAUUCAGUACUUUCCAAGCAGUGACCAGGACAAACUUGUCCAGAAGAGAGCAUUUCUUGUUUUGGGGCUGUCUGUGCUGGCUGUGUUCAGCAGCGUGUAUUUCGGUUUCCCUGGGUCAGGAGGAUUAUGCACAUUGGUCAUGUCCUUCCUUGCAGGUUUGAGAUGGGCUGGCAAAAAGGACACAGGACUGGUGGGAACUGCCUGGAACACUGUGUCGAGAAGGGCAGAGGUUGAAAAAAUUAUUGCAGUUGCCUGGUACAUUUUUCAGCCCCUUCUCUUUGGACUGAUUGGAGCAGAAGUAUCUAUUGCAUCUCUCAGACCAGAAACUGUAGGCCUUUGUAUUGCCAUCCUUGGCACUGCAGUAUUGAUACGAGUUUUGACAACAUUUCUGAUGGUGUGUUUUGCUGGUUUUAACAUAAAGGAAAAGAUAUUUAUUUCUUUUGCAUGGCUUCCGAAGGCGACAGUCCAGGCUGCCAUAGGAUCUGUGGCUUUGGACACAGCAAGAUCACAUGGAGAGAAACAGUUGGAAGAAUAUGGAAUGGAUGUGUUGACAGUGGCAUUUUUGUCCAUCCUCAUCACAGCCCCCAUUGGAGGUCUGCUCAUUGCUUUGCUGGGCCCCAGGCUCCUCCAGAAAGCUGAACAUCAAAAUAAAAAUGAAGAAGUUCAGGAAGAGACUUCUGUACAAGUUUAGAGGUGAAGUGAGAGAAUGCUGAAUAUAAUGGUUAGAAAUCUGCUACCAGAAGCUACUUUCAUCAACUAGCAGAGGCUACUUUAUCUAGAUGGAUAUUGAGAUAGGUAAUAUUUAGACCAUAAAUGUAAUGGAAACAAAAGCAUGGCUAUUUCUUUAAAGAGCAUUUUUAGUCAUUAUUCUUUCCAUGUGGGUGACAAUAUUCUACAACUCCAACCUGAUCUCUUGACCUUUUUCUUUUUUCACAUAUGUCUUCAUCAUGUAUCUUAAUUUGUUUAGGAACAUAUACACUAAAAUGUACUACCACAGUUCAACCUUAACAUGCACAAGAUCAAGUUCAGUAUCCUGUUCUGUUAGCCAACAGCUUGUUCUAACUUAUUGUUGUAGUUUUAUGAUUCAUGGUCACCCGACCUCUCAUUCCUUGAAAUGUUUUUGGCUCUUCUUUCCUUUUCUUAUUUUUAAAUACCAUAAAGCAGUCCCCCAUUAAUUUUUGUGCCACUUUCUAUGCCAGUCUACGUCUGCUCCAUCUCUACCUCUCUUGCUACCAUUCUGUGAACUAUUGUAACUGGUUGGUCCCACCAAAAUUUCAAGUAUGCAGAGUAUCUUCAUUGGCUCUUCCUCUUGCAACUAUCUAGAUGUCAAAAGACCUCAUCCUGCCUCCUAGGUGGCAACACAGAAUCUCCCAUUUUAGCGGCCCAUCUGAGUUUACCUUCCCUUAAGGAGUGCCCUGAUUCAGCUUUUUCUUAUUAAAGGAAUAGAUUGUCAUAAAUGAAUAAAUUAUAAAUAUUCUGAUUCUACCAAGCUGAUCCACAUAAAGCCUGUCCAUUCCUCUUUCGUCCACAGACUACUGCUCCAGACACUUUCUCCAUGACUUUCACCUCUGUUCAAAACUAGCUUAAUUUUUAUUAAGCUAACAUAAUAUGAAACCAUAACAGCUUCAUUUUUAUAUCAGCCUGACUUUGGUUACUCUGUGGUACUGUGUUUCCUUCUAGUUUUUGUUCUUUGUUUGGAUUGGAUUAAUUUGUGCCAAAAUUCAGAUGAGUAUUUCAAACUGGACUUCAUUGGUUAGAUGCACCUUGAUGGUAGCAACACAAACCUAAUGCUCAUCUGUUUCUCUACUUUUGCAGGUUCUGAAACUAGAUUCCUUCAAUAAAUACUUAGUGGAAGCAUUCGAUGACCUAGGCACUUCAUCAAAACUGUUAUUGCUCCUGUCCUUAAGGAUCUGACAGUCUGGGAGAGGAGACAAAUAAGAGAUUUCAAAACAAUAUGAUAGGCACUAUGAUGCAGAAAAUACAGGAGUGCUAGGGAGCUCAUAACAGAGGCACCCAUCCAGUCUCGGGGUGGUGGAGUUCAGGCGUAGCUUCCAGAGAAAGUAAGGCCGUGGCUAGGAUGUGGGGAUGCUUAGGACAUAGACGGCAAAAGGCAUGUGAGGCAAAAGAGUGCUGUAGAUAGUGCUAGGUCCCAUGUUCUUCAGUAGUUUUUCUCCCAAUUACAGCUUUGAAUGCUUGUUAACUUAUACAAAAUACAAUUAGUAUAAGUAAAUGAGAAUGUUGUUAUAAAUAUUCAAGACUCUAAAGAAGAAUUAGAAGUGGAAAUUUACAGUACCAAAAUUGUGGAGGAGGCCAUUUGGCCACUAGCAAUAGCCUGUACCGUUUUGGAGGGCAUGAAACAGGUUCUGUCCUCCCUCUCCUCAGUGAGCAGCCACUCUCUAAAUGUCUGUAACUGUCCAGUAUGGGCCUCUGCAGGGCUCACCGCUGAAGUCUCAGGUUUAUCACCACAUCAUGAGUCACAGCUGUUGACUUGGUUGAACUUAGAGUUAACUAGAUACAGAAUGUUGACUCAAGCCAACCAAACUUACCCCACCCCAACUCAGAUAGAAACAAUUACUCUGACCUCUGAGUUCCUGAAAAAGGGAUGUAUGUACCCCAUACAUACAUCUGGUACAUACAUCUAUAUUGGACUAGAAUCCAAUAUAGAAAACUACCUGCUAGGGGUGCCUGGGUGACUCAGUCAGUUAAGCUUUUGACUCUUGAAUUCAGCUCAGGUCAAGAUAUCAGGAAUGUGAGGUUGAGCCCCCACAGGACUUCUCACUGAGUACUGAGCUUUGAGCCUGUUUAAGAUUCUCUCUCUCUCUCUCUCUCUCUCUCUCUCUCUCU